AUGGUUUCUCGACAAGAAUCUAGAAAGAGGGAUUUCACUAUCUAUGGAGAAGAGUUCCACAAUUCAUUCAAGAAGAGCAAACAAGAAGAUGAUCAAUCACAGAGCAAUGAACGACCAAGACCAAACUCAGAGAGUAUGAGAUCAUUUACCUUUGAUUUUGAACUUCAUCUCCACACUCCUCUACCUUCAGAUUGGCAAACAACCAUAGAGAAUAAGGGAUACUCAAGAUCAUCUGAGGAUCAUAAGACAUACCCCAAAGAUCCGGUGAUUGUUGGACGUCCUAAGAUGAGCCUAGACCUUGAGCUGAACCUUUCACCAUCUUAUUCACCUACAAGAACCACAACCAAGAGAGAUGAAUCCUCAAAUCACAGUGAAACCGUGUCAUCAAAGGGUAAAGACUUGACAGGCCCGAGUAAGAAGAGCAUAACUGGGACAGGAUUAAACCGAUCGCUCUCCUGGCUUGCGUUUGAAGGUGGUGAUGAUGGUGAUGGUGGUGAUGACAAGGAGGAGCAAGAGAUGGUAACAAAGGUUUGCAUGAAAUGCCACAUGCUGGUUAUGCUCUGCACAUCAACUCUUGUUUGUCCCAACUGCAAAUUCAUGCACCCUCAUGAUCACAGCUCUACAAAACUGUUUAAACAAUCAAAUCUGCUUAGGCUCCUGUGCUAG